CUCGAGACCACAAAGAAACUCCGCAAGUGAAAGUACUGAUUUUUAACUCACCUGGGCGGAUAUAUAUCAUGGAUUUGAUCUGAAUCAUUUUGUAGGCUAACAGGAGCUGACAGCAACAGCAGAUAGGAUGAGUUGGGGAGCACUUUAUGCCCAGCUGGGAGGGGUAAAUAAACACUCCACCAGCCUGGGAAAGAUCUGGCUGUCUGUCCUCUUCAUCUUCCGCAUUAGCAUCCUUGUAAUAGCCGCCGAAACGGUCUGGGGGGAUGAGCAGUCCGACUUCACCUGUAACACACAACAGCCAGGCUGCAAAAACGUCUGCUACGACCACUUCUUUCCAGUCUCACACAUCCGUUUCUGGUGCCUGCAGCUCAUCUUUGUGUCUACACCGGCUUUGCUGGUGGCUAUGCAUGUGGCGCAUCGCAAACGCAAUGUAAAGAAAGGAAUUUUGGCCAACCGAGGUGGUGUUGCCAAAGGGGAUGACCUAGAGAGUCUGAAGAAGAGGCGUCUACCCAUCACCGGGCCGCUGUGGUGGACCUACACCUCCAGCCUGUUCUUCCGGCUCCUUUUCGAGGCCGGAUUCAUGUACGCUCUGUAUUAUGUCUACGAUGGGUUUCAGAUGGCCCGUCUUGUGAAGUGUGAGCAGUGGCCCUGUCCCAAUAAAGUUGACUGCUUUAUCUCACGACCAACAGAGAAGACAGUCUUCACCAUCUUCAUGGUGGGAUCUUCUGCCAUCUGCAUUGUGCUCAAUGUGGCUGAACUGGCCUACCUGAUUGUCAAAGCAUUGCUGAGGUGCUCAGCCAGAGCCAAAGGAAGGCACGCUUUUGUUCACCAAGAUAAAAUGUCCACAGAAAAGGCACACUUACAGAAUGAAAAGAACGCAAGGUUGCUGUUAUCUGCUUCGGACUCCUCGAGCGAUAAGACUGUUUAAGAUUAUCCCUACAUCCAGUGACUAAUUCUACCAACAUGGUAAUAGGCUUGUGAUGACAGUGUUUUAACUUCUCUAAUGCCAUUAGAGCAUUAGAAUUAGUGUGUUUUGUACCUUGUUUUUGACACCCUGCCCUGAGAAAAUAACAAAGCCUAACCUGACAGCAGGUUUCAAGCAUGCUUCAUUCAAGAGCUGGCAUUCCUCCCACAAGCCAAAAGACAAUUAGUGUGUUCUUACAGCACUGAAUUGUCUGUAAAAAUGUUCUAGGUUGUUGAAUUUCAUUUGCCAAAUUACUCAAGAACCUCACAGUACUCUCUAGUGGCAUUAGAAAAGCCCAAUAGUGACUCCUAGUGGUCACAAUGACAUAAAUGAAGUUCAGAGACCGUCUUUGCACAAAAUUGAGCGUCCUUUUUUGAGGGAUCAUUUACACGAUGUUGUAUUGUAUAUAAAUGCUUCUUUUUAAGACUGAGUUUUGCUUUGUUUACUUCUUUUUAAACGCAAAUUAUUUUGCUCUUUCUGUUACCCAUCAACAGUUUUGACAAUAUAGCUAUAUAAUUUACAGAGCCGAGCAGGAUUUGUGUUUUUGUAUGUUUUUAUAUGUGCUUAUUUUGCACCUUCAUUUAAAUGUCUUCAACAACUGCACAUCUGUGUUUAGUUUUAAGUCAUUUCACUAGGUUCCGUUGCAUUGACCCAUACCGGGGAUUUUAUAUCAGCAUACCGCAGUGCCUAAUUAGGUUGUUAACAAACAAGGCUGUAGUGGCGCGUCAGUCAGUCCACCUGUUGACAGGUGAGAGCUCGUGGUCUCGCGCUUCGUCAACUGUCCGUUAUCUUCUGCUUUGUUUUUCUCCUCUCUGAGAGGCUCUACAAGUCAGCGGUGACCAGUUUUGUUUUUAAGGCUUUGACUAAACCGCAGAAACUAUUGUUAGCAAAGUUUCCACAUGGUAUUGAUGGAAUCUUCUGCUGUUUCCUAAAGUGAGCUGUGAUCAUUGUUGAUAGCCACCUGUUUGUAAAAGUACAUUUCUUUGAAAUUUUGGCUAACAACUUAUCUUUUAU